GUGUGUGUGUGUGUGUGUCUGCUCAGAGGAAAGGGCGCUUCGGCUGGAGCCUGUCUGAUCUGGAAUUAGCUCCUGGGACACACUGAGGAAGAGCGAUAGCCUGGCUGUCCUGUGAGUCAUACCUUUGUUUCUGACAGUGAGGAUGACCCGGCCCCUGGAGCAGGCAGUGGCUGCCAUCGUGUGCACCUUCCAGGAGUAUGCAGGGCGCUGUGGGGACAAGUACAAGAUCUGCCAGUCGGAGCUCAAGGAGCUGCUGCAGAAGGAGCUGCCCACCUGGGCGCCGAGUGAGUUCCGAGAGUGCGACUACAACAAGUUCAUGAGUCUGCUGGACACCAACAAGGACUGCGAGGUGGACUUCGAGGAGUAUGUGCGCUCGCUCGCCAGCCUCUGUCUCUACUGCCACGAGUACUUCAAGGAGUGCCCCCCGGAGCCCCCCUGUCCGCAGUAGCCUCUGACCCAGAGGACAGCUGCCCCGGAAGGGCAGGGUCUGCUCCAGCACUCCGUCUUUGCUCCUCCUCUCUCUGUGGCAUCCCUUCCACUCUGGAUUGCCAGGUCCCCCUGAUGUGCUAAUCCCAGCUACCCACGGGUUUUAGAGGCUUUCCUAGGGAUGUCUAGCUGGUGAGGGGUGGGGCAGUAGCCAGCCUUUGCUGCUUCUCUUCCUGGAAGGGAAGACCAUCUCUGCUCUGACCUUGGACACGCAGCCAUGCGCACACGGUUGAGGCUGCUGUGGCAGCGGCCUAGUCA